AAGUACACACUAAUUACUACCAGGACCACACUUACCGGCAAUAUAUAUACUCAAGCCUUUGGGACGCUCUCUUCUGGGACCCAGCAUCACACACGCUCGUUUUGCCUAGGGGCAAACUUGUCAUAUUAUCUCUUUAAGUAACUCCGCUACCCUUACUAGCACACACGUCUUGCGGUUAUAACUACGCAUAGAAAAUGUCGUCUGUAGACCGCGUCGCUUACAUGGACAACACAAGGAGCAGUCAGAUCACAGAACAGAUUCUACGAGAGAAAGGCAUACAACGAAAAUACUUUCAGGAGCAGGAGGCAGCCGGACGCAUCGUGCCUAAGCCGCCCACACCCCCACCUGUUCACAAGUCCCUGCUGGAGACGGUGGGCAUCCCAGAGCACGUGAAGACCAUUAGGCAAGACCCUGAACAGGCCUUGAGCUUGAGUAUCAGCAAACACACGUGGAAGGCGAACCCGGGGUAUAUCGUCCGCGACGGGGCGACAACUGCCUCGGUUAUGAAGAAGGACUACGUGUGGGAUGAGGAGGAGGUGCAGCUCAUGAAGGAGCAGGGCUACCUGGAUAAGAAGUUCAACCGGCGGCGUGAUGACUUCGUGGACUACUGCGAGGCCUCCGCCCGCAUGACCCACCUCAUGAAGGGGCCCGCUGUGUCCAAGUAAAUGGGCAGCAGAGCAUUUAGGUGUUUUGGAACUGGGCAUGAUUAUAGCUUAGCAGGCGGGCCCUUCCCUGCUGGGGGAGAGCAUGCAGUUCAAUGCGUAAGGGGCAAUAUGAGGAGGCUGCGCAUUGACUGCUGGAACCCAACUUUCGUAGGUGGAUAUCUUUUUCUUCGACCGCGUAGGUCUUUCCUGGGAUAGCAGGGUAGGCUGUCAACGAAACACACGACAGCACGUGGGCAGCUGUGCAGGUAGAUCGUGCGGGUCUGCGGGUAGCUGUGUAUAUACUACUUUCUUCCUUCUGUGAGCUGGCCAAGAGCGGAUGUGCCUUCACUGCUUGUGCAUUAUUCAUUAGGUAGCAAGGCUGCGGCGGUGAUUAUUGAUCAAAUGUAGGCAGAUGACGUGAAGGCCACUCAUGCUGUACUAGGGCUGCUAAUCUAUGUGUGUGGAGACAUCGAAGUUUAGGGGCUCUUUAGUGGAUACGAUUAGCAUCCCAAACCAUGUCCUCCCCUCUUAUGUGGUCGCAUCACCCCGGGGUAGACUCGCUAAAUAGUGUGACGGAAUAAGUGCCUCCUCAGCAUUAUGAGGCAUGAUUGGCACCAGACAAGCUAAGAAGCCUCACCAGUGAGGCUUUCGGCUAUGGUCAGCUGCGUGCCGGAGUGUAAGAUGUACGGAGCGUGCUGUACAUCAUCGGUCCAUGUAACCCAUCAUGUGCAAUAGUGCAUUAGUCUUCUUGCACCCAAGCAUGCUUACAGCUAAUACUCUUUUUUUGUAAGACCGCAACCUGGACCGCACCACGGAUGUAGCCCACAGUCGUCAGCUUCUUACCCUCAACAAGCCGAAGGAAACAAGCCUUCCUAGGUUUAAUAUGGCCACCAAGCGGAAGUUAACGGAGGAUGUCACUGUGGAGGGUGGCGAGCUUGAUACAUCUAACCAUGCCCACAUCAUUCCUUUGGGAGCGGGAUCGGAAGUGGGGCGCUCGUGUAUCAUCUUUAAAUAUCAGGACAAAACGGUGAUGUUCGACUGCGGCAUCCACCCCGCCUUUAAGGGUAUGGACAGCCUGCCCUUGCUGGACACUAUCGACAUCGAUACUGUUGAUGUUGCUCUGAUCACACACUUCCAUCUGGACCACUGUGCGGCCGUACCAUACCUCCUCCGCAAGACCCGCUUCAAGGGUCGCAUCUUCAUGACCCACCCCACCAAGGCCAUCUACUACUCCCUGCUGCGCGACCUGGCCAAGGGCGCCAAGCACAGCAGCGACGAGGCGCUGUUCAACGAGGACGACCUGGACGCCUCCAUGGAGCGCAUCGAGGUGGUGGACUUCUACCAGACCAUCGAGGUGGCGGGCAUGCAGAUCACCCCCUACCGGGCCGGCCAUGUGAUCGGCGCCGCCAUGUUCCUAGUGGAGGUGGCGGGGCUGCGCUGCCUCUACACAGGCGACUACUCGCGACUGCCGGACCGCCACCUGCCAGCGGCGGACAUUCCGCCCGUCACCCCGCACAUAGUGAUCGUUGAGAGCACGUACGGCACCAGCCGCCACCUGCCCCGGCAGCAGCGCGAGCAGCUGCUGCUGGACACCAUCCGCACCACCCUCAACCGGGGCGGCAGGGUGCUGAUGCCGGUGGUGGCGCUGGGCAGGGCGCAGGAGCUGCUGCUGCUGUUGGAUGAGUUCUGGGAGGCCCACAAGGGCGAGCUGGGCGGCAUCCCCAUCUACCAGGCCUCCUCCAUGAUGAGCAAGGCGCUGGGGGUGUACCAGACGUACGUGGAGUCGCUCAACGACGACAUCAAGCGGGUCUUCCAUGACCGCAACCCCUUCAAAUUCCGCCACGUGCAGACGUUGAAGAGCCCCGCGCACUUCAUCUCCGACUACUCCGGCCCCUGCGUCAUCAUGGCCACCCCCUCGGGGCUGCAGUCGGGCGCCUCGCGGGACUUCUUCGAGGCCUGGUGCGAGGACGCGCGCAACACCUGCAUCAUAUGCGACUUUGCGGUGCAGGGCACUCUGGCCAAGGAGAUCCUGGGGGGGCCAACCUCCAUCACGACGAGAGAGGGACGCAGGGUCCCCCUCCGCAUGUCCGUCCACAACAUCUCCUUCUCCGCGCACGCCGACUUCGAGCAGACCUCCACCUUCUUAGACACCGUACGGCCGCCCCACGUGGUGCUCGUGCACGGGGAGUACAACGAGAUGCGCAAGCUGGCGAAGGCGCUCAAGGACGGAGCCAAGGCGGCGGGGGUGGCGAGGGAGGUGUACACACCCGUGCUGGAGCAGACAGUGGCGAUCCAGCACACACCCGACCGCAGCGUGCGGCUGCAGGGCCGGCUGGGCGAGAAGCCGCCUCGCGAGGGCGCGGUGGUGCGCGGUGUGCUUGUACGGCAGGCGGGCGGCUUCAGCCAGCAGCUGCUGCACCCGGACGACCUGCCGGCCUACACCAAGCUGCUCAAGGGGCGCGUCACGCAGCGGCAGGCGCUCAGCGUGGGCGUGCCCUUCUCCGUGAUCCGGCUGGCGCUGGAGGUGAUGUUCGAGGGCGUGGAGGGCGCGGGUACGCUGCCGGUGACGUCGGUGGCGGGUGCGGCCGGCAAGGGCGGGGAGGUGCUUGCAGUGGUGGUGGGUGACACGGUGACGGUGCGCUACGUGCCGGCGGACGACGCCGCGGGGGUGGACUCGCAUGUGGUGCUGGAAUGGGAGGGCGGGCGGCAGGGGGACAUGGUGGCGGAUGCGGUGAUUGCGGUGGUGCUGCAGACCGCGGGCGAGCCCCCAGCGGCCGCCAGCGCCGAGUCAGCCAUGCUGGCGGCUCGUGCCGCGGGCGACGAGGCGGCCGCCAGCGCCGCGGAGCUGCACCUGAUCGCCGCACUGCUCCGGAGCCAGUACGGCCCGGCGGCGGUGGACGAGGCCCGCGGCGUCAUCAACCUCACGGUGGACGGGGCGGCUGCGGUGGUGGACCACCGGGAGGGGAAGGUGCUGUGCGGGGAGGCGGGGCUGAGGGGGCGCAUUGAGAAGAGCCUGGACCGGCUGGCGGCGGCCAUUCGUCCCGUGGCGGUGGACCGGCCGCAGCGGUGAGAGGAGUGGUAUGAGGGAGGGGUGCGGUGUGCUUGGGAGGACGGAUACACUCGGCGAUCAAACCUUGGCACGUACGACGGCGUGGUAAUGGGUUGUUAGGUUAGUUGGUAGCUUGUACACUAUGGUUGAGCUCAUAGAUAGGUGUCAUAGGGCAGGUUCGGCAGGUUGGGUCUGGGUGCAGUGUCAUUGCGGUUAGGAGCAUGCAGGUUGGUUGACUGGCUGUUGUUUCUGGCUCCUUUCCCUGAAAGGAUAGGGGUGUUGGCUGACGUGCAUGGGGCUCACCUAGGGCUGGCCUGGACUGUACGAUCAAGACAGCUGUGCUAAAGGGCGCAACAAAGGGCACAGCACUGGGUAACGAACCCCCGCACGUAACACUGUACACCAAUUCUUAGUUGAUUGCGUCCGUACAAUCAAUCUCAUCGUGUACUUUCAUACGUAUGUUUCAGAGGAAACUCUUACACGACACCACAAAACACUGCGUCAUCGGUUAGAUGCACAACGGCAACGGGGAGUUCCAGCUUUGACAAAGAAAGGACAAGUCAGGAAUACCGAAAGCAGCAUCGCCGCCAUCCAAGCGCAAGCAACAUUGCUGUACGAUAAAAAUGCGUUGCGCAGGACAACAACUCCAUGUAACCGUUGGUGGUCUAUUAACGCCACAAUCCGUUCUAACCAGAGCCCGGCUGUUGUCUGUAAGGGGAUGGCAGCCAUGCUGCCGCCCCACAUCUGGACUCCCACUGAUGUACCUA